CAUAUACUGAGUAACAAGGUACCAGACUACCAGUCUAUGUCGAUUGUCGAGUUGAUCUGACUUCGCGCCAUUUUGUGUGUUAAUAGUCGGGGAACAACGAUCUGAAUUAGAUAUCUUCUUCGAUUUUCUACAGCUUUCGAGGUGAUCUUUAUACGGUAGUUGUUGGGAAAUCUCAUUAAUAUUUAUAAGAGUUUUAAUAUUCAAAUUGAGCUAUGGAAUACGAAAGAAGCAGCGACGGCGGGAAUGGUAAUGGUCAAGGUCGAUUGAUCAUUGACGAAGAAAAGCUUGCCAUUUUAAAGUCUUUCUUCACAAGCAGAAAUAUGGACUCAACCAAGAAGCAGAACCUCGCUGUUAUAAAAGAAUGUGCAAACCAAACAAUGCUCACAGAACAACAAGUGAAGCACUGGAUAAGUAAUUAUAGGGCAAAAACGAGUGGACGGAUAUCAGGAAAAGUAGGAAAAAGCAGAUUAAUGAGAAAAAGAUCUGGCUUUAAUGUAUUUGCCAGUGAGAACCUAUUCAAAGAAAGCAGUGGAUCUUCCUCUAAUGCCUUCAAAAACAUUGGUGACAAAUGGAGAACCCUUUCAGAUGAACAAAAAGACACCUUUAGAAGAAAAGCAUUGGAAUCAGAUAAAGAUGUUUGCCUUCCUUCCAACAAUGCCAAGGCUAAAAAAAUAAUAAACAAUAUGAUGAAAGAGGUUCAAGAAUUGGAAGCUUUAGGAGGCCACUGUUUAUUGAUCUGCGGCUUUGAAGGCCAUGUUUUCCAUGGCUCAACAGAUGUCGGCAAUAAGAUGUUGAAUGAUAGCGAAAACGAUUUGGUACAUCACUUCGCCAAUUUGCUGCAGUGUUCUCAGGAUGGAAAGGAGAAUAUUUCCGUAAAAGCUAUUCAAGAACUUUUUAAUAAAAAAUACGGUGAAGUUGUGAAAAAGAAAAACGGGAAAAUGCCAUAUUCGAAAAUUCAAGAAUAUGGUAUUGCUUUUAUCGGACUUCCAGCUCAUCUGGAGAUAGAUAUUGGAACUACACCACGAAAGCCUGCUCUGUACGGUUCGGCUCAGCGUCGUGAAUUGUGGCAGUCUAGAAAUGCUUGGUCAUUAACUAUUACUUCAUCAAGUAAUCUUAUUUCCAAUGCUCACACUGAUGCCGGUCAUUCUGCUCUCCAAUCUAUUUCUGAUCCUUUGUCUUACAUCUACUUCUUCUCCUCUUUUGUCGGACACAUCCAAUGUUUCUUUGCCUGUUAA